ACUAAGCUAAAAUUACACGAGUGAUCUCUCCACGAACGAUGGUGCGGCGUGUUCGUUGACGCAAUGGCACACUUUAAGAUGUGACUUCUUCGUUCACGCUUCGAUCACGUCAGCUGAUCGACAACGUGUAUCGAGCGAAAUAGAUCGGUGGGGAUCAGAAAUGGCCCAGGUGAUGCUACCUUGUGAUCUGCCAUGGUGGCCAGCCGUGGUGAAGCAACUUGAUCGGGCGGCAGACGCCAGAACUUCCGAGGAUCUGCUGGAAGCUAUGCAACGAUUACACGAUAUGUGCAAAUACGAGGAGCAAUGCUUACUGAAAAGUAUAAGCCUCGAUCCGGAGGAAGACGUGCAAGACCCCGAAUUGUUCUCUGGCUUGGCGACCUUCCUCGACACCGACUUGGAUCCCGCGGAGCGGGACCAGGUCCUAGCGAAGACUAUACCGCGAAUGGUGGAAAGAGCGAAAGCCUUGAGGUCUUGCAAGCCUCCGCAAGGCCUGCACUUCAGCCUCCAACAGCAAGGUGACUGCGUCGAAUACAGCUACGCCUUCGCCUCGUCUCUGAUCGCGAACGCGUUCUUCUCCACGUAUCCGAAGAGAACCGCGAAAACUCACCCCACCUUGCGCGACUUCAAUUUCACGAAUUUCUUCAAGCAUCUACGCAACAACGGACAGAAAGCGAAACUGAGAAGCAUAUUUCAUUACUACGACUACCUUGAAACCGAGAGCGCGUUGGAUGGGAAACUGGUGAUAUCUAGACAGGUGAUGACAUCGAAGCAAUGGUUGACCAUCGAGGACUGGCUGGAGAGCAACGUCCCCCUGUGCCCCCUAAUGAUACGUCACGAGGGUCGCCUAGAGAGAAUAGAGCCCGAAACAAAAGUAUUGCGCGUUUGCUUCGCGAGCGCCAAGUUUGGCGGCGGCGUACUUGACGGUGAUGUUACGCAAGAAACUGUACAUAUAGCAACGCAUCCCGAAAUGCUCGCGGCGAUACUGUCCGUCGAGUCGCUAGAGGACAAUGAAGUUUUAAUUGUCGAGGGCGUUAGGCACGUGUCUAGAAUAAACGACCCUCGCAACAGGGCCACGUUCGAGGGCCUGACGAAGCCGAACGUUGUGACAGUGUGCUGCAUCGACCCGGAGGACUAUUCGAGGAUGCCCCUGUCGCAGUUCGAGGAAGACAAUAUACUUCGGGAGAUGAACAAAUCCCUGCUCGGAUUUCGACAGAGACGCGUACCGACUAGUCCCACCGAUCCUGUGAGAUCGGAGCUAGAGCCAGACGGAGCGUUAAGUUCCAGAAGGUUGUCGCCGAUCGGGGAGAGCUUUAGCAGCACUCCACCUGAAACGGAUGGCGACGAUAAGGCGAUGUCGACGAACAGUGGCGCCAAAGAUGCGAAAUCCGUGUCGAACGAGCAAAGCAAAUACGAUAUUUUGACGGAAGUUCGUACCAGGCCGAACGGUAAAUCCGUGAGACCUCCAAGCCCUCACAAGAUGUGCAAGGACGCGAGUUGUACCACUAGAAGAAGUCGAUUUAUCGUUCUUGGGUCUAGCGGCGAGGUUUUACCGGUAACGAGAAAAUCGCUGGGUCAGAUGUCUGUUUACAGUAGUUGCAAUAGCCAGAGCACGGAUAGCUUCCAUAGCGCUAAAGAUAUCAUAGACGAGGAUCCAGAGGAAGAAGAACAGAAAUUCAGUAGACGCUACAGCGGCCAGUUGGACACCCCCGAACGAAGGGGAACGUUUGCUCAGCGUCUAAGGGACGCUUUGAAGCGUGAGAGCACAGCUACCGGAGCUACUUCGUCGAAUACGUCGUCCGGGGAGAGCAGCUACGCGGUAGGGAUAAGCGUAUCCGGAAGUCACGUCUACGACCAGGACAUCAAGGUGAAGAGAGGAGGUUCGAGAGGCUUCGUUCUAAGAGACGAAACCGUGGACGAAGAGUUCUUGAAAGAAUCGUUGGAGGCUGAACAGAAAUGGCUGGGUAGAUUUCGACUGAAUCAAUCCACGCUACAGAGAAGGGACACGAGCGCUAGCAGUAGAUACAGUUUCAGCACCGAAUACAAUUCUGAUUUUUGCUCGGAGCUCGAGGAGGUUUACGAGCAGCUAGCGAAAUGGUUGGAAGACCCUAUAGCGGCGGACGAGUCUCGCGAAUUAGACGCGAGGGACAGGGCGGUAGUUCGAUUCGCGGGCUCGUUGUUAAAGAGGGCCCUCAGCGAGUCGUUCGCCGGUGUACCGGUUCAGGAAGGCGAACCUCAACCCCUCAUUGAUUCCGUCGAUGUGAAUCAGAGGCACAAGUUGGCUUUGGCCGUGAGAAGUUUGAGUUUAGAGCUAGCACGUCAAAAAAAUAGGAGGCAACAAUCAGUCUCCGAAGGCGUAGAGUAUUACGAAGACGCUUUAAGUAAUCGUACGAUAUCGAAAGAGGUAAAGGAUAUCCAACGUAGAAAGCUUAGGACGGUAACAUUUACAUCCGAAGUUUUUCAAACAUUGGUUGAUGACGAAACUACCGUGUACCUAUCUAAUCCUGUUUCUUUAAGCGCACCUGGAACUGUUAUGGGAAACUUUGCGCAAGAAUUCGAAUCGCAUGUUACAUUUAACAUGCCGAGAGAUAGUAGCCCCCAAGCAGGCGGAUUAUUGCCUGUCGCUAGUGGUAACUGGGGAUGCGGAUCCCGACUAAGAGGGGAUCCCCAGUUGAAGCUCGUUAUUCAGUGGCUUGCCGCUUCUUUGGCGGGUGUACCAAAAUUGAUGUACUAUACCGCAGGAAAUCCAAACUUGUCCAAGUUAGACACUGUGAGUAGAGUACUCAUGGACAGGCAUUGGUCGGUGGGCGAUUUAGCCGCGGCUACGUUAAGAUUUGCCUUGCAAACUAUCGAAGAAAGAAUAGAGGGAAGAAAUAGUCUCUUCGAGGAGAUAAUCGGUAUGGAUAAACCAAGUCCUUAGCCCGACUCCAUGCUGUCUGUUUUGGUAGACGUACUUGCUACCAUGAUCGAAGACAGCCUAUUGACUACUUAAACUUGAUCGUCGAAGAAGCGCAACGAACGGUUGCGCCUCUUUUGCGAUUGGCGAGAGUAAAAUCUACCGUGACGAUUGACUAUGAUAAAUGUCGCAAUGGGAGAAGGGUAAGCGUUUUACAGAAACCUUUAGUUUUUGAAAAUUUGUACGAGUCAAUCUGGAAACAUCGAUCUCUGUGGUUUGAAUGUUUCAUAUCAAUGCAAUAUCAAACGAAGCCGCACAAUUCAGUGUACAAAAAGAUUACAUUAAAAUAGAAGUUGAGAAUACUGUUUAGCGUACUUGUUAUAAGAGUGAAGUCAAACAAAGAUGUUGAGAUACAGUUCUUACGACUGUAUUAUGAUUUCCUGGUGAAAACAUUGUCACUUGAAUGGAAUUUAUACAAGUUUAAUAGAUUAGCCACGCGAAGAGUCAAUUCUGAUUUACGUUUAUAUAAGAUACGUAACUUUAAUACAGUUACCUGCAAUAAGUAACGAGGCACAAUAUAUUACACUAUAUUUUGUACAGUAUAAUACUUAUAAGUCGUUAUAUAUGUCGGGUCGAAGCAUAUGUAAUUACUGAAUAGAUUUUUAGAAAAGAAGAUUUUUAGUCGUAUUUUAUAGGCCGCUUUUUUAUAUCGAGUAUAAUUUAUACGAAACGAAUUAUGUAAAUAGUAAAAAGUGAAACGUAUAAGGAGAAAGUAACGUGGCCUCUGAAAGUAUAAAAGUUUACAAGAAGAAAAACGUAUCGACUAUAAGACGUCUUCCACUAUGAAAACGUGUAAGUGUAUCUGUACCUACGACUUGUAUACUCUCGGUGUACGUUUUGUUUUGAGCAAUAUUAUGUAGAAUGUGUUUCAAAAUUCUUUAUAUGUAUGUUGUGUACUGGGAAAAGUAUAAAUAUAAAGCACGUAUCAAUAAAUUUAUAUCAUGGUAAUGGAAUUUGAUAUCCUUA